CUUGAUGCGCGGGCACAGCAGCCAGGCGGGCCAGGCCGAAGAAGAGCAGAUCUCCGGGAUUCGGAGGAGCCCUUGGCCUGGAGGCUAUAUGGGUGGUCCAUGGCUCGGUUCAGUCACCCGAAACAGCAGCUGCCAGGGGAACAGGACUGUCUGACCCUAAGGGAGUCCCUUUUCUGAAGCUUUGGUGCUUGGACGACCAGCUUGCUACAUUGCUGGGGACCUAUUGGUGUCCCUUAAGAGCUUAAUUUUGAGAUUCCAGUUAGUGUGGCCAUGAAAAGGCUGUCUAUUGGGCUGGUGCUAUGACCCUGGAGUCUGCCUCUCUUGCCAGUCCCUCUGCCCAGAACAUGUGGCUACAGUUUGGCUCACCCUUCCUCUCCCUGAGCCCCAAAUCCACAGUUGGUCAGAGCCUGUGCCUCACCCUGUGGUUCUUCAGUUUGGUGCUGAGGGCCAGUACCCAGGCCUCAGCACCAACAGUCAAUACCCACUUUGGGAAGCUGAGGGGUGCCCGGGUACCCUUGCCCAAUGAGAUACUGGGUCCUGUGGACCAAUACCUAGGGGUGCCCUAUGCAGCUCCCCCUAUUGGUGAGAAACGAUUUCUGCCCCCAGAACCACCCCCAUCCUGGUCUGGCAUCCGGAACGCCACACACUUCCCCCCAGUGUGCCCCCAGAACAUCCACACAGCUGUGCCUGAAGUCAUGCUGCCAGUCUGGUUCACUGCCAACUUGGAUAUCGUCGCAACUUACAUCCAGGAACCCAAUGAAGAUUGCCUCUAUCUAAAUGUCUAUGUGCCCACAGAGGAUGUAAAGCGGAUUUCCAAGGAAUGCGCCCGAAAGCCCAACAAGAAAAUAUGUAGGAAAGGAGGAUCCGGCGCUAAGAAACAGGGCGAGGACUUAGCGGAUAAUGACGGGGAUGAAGAUGAAGACAUUCGGGACAGUGGCGCUAAGCCCGUCAUGGUCUACAUCCAUGGAGGUUCUUACAUGGAAGGGACAGGCAACAUGAUUGAUGGCAGUGUCCUCGCCAGUUAUGGCAACGUCAUCGUUAUCACCCUCAACUAUCGAGUUGGGGUGCUAGGUUUCCUGAGCACUGGAGAUCAGGCUGCCAAGGGCAACUAUGGGCUACUUGACCAAAUCCAGGCCCUCCGCUGGGUGAGCGAGAAUAUUGCCUUCUUUGGUGGAGAUCCCCGGCGUAUUACUGUUUUUGGCUCUGGUAUUGGUGCAUCCUGUGUCAGCCUCCUCACAUUGUCACAUCACUCUGAGGGACUUUUCCAGAGGGCCAUUAUCCAAAGUGGUUCUGCUCUAUCCAGCUGGGCUGUAAACUACCAACCAGUGAAGUACACCAGCUUGCUGGCAGAUAAGGUGGGCUGUAAUGUACUAGACACAGUGGAUAUGGUGGACUGUCUUCGGCAAAAAAGUGCCAAGGAGCUGGUAGAGCAGGACAUACAGCCAGCCCGCUACCAUGUGGCCUUUGGCCCUGUGAUAGAUGGUGAUGUCAUUCCUGAUGACCCUGAAAUCCUCAUGGAACAGGGCGAGUUCCUCAACUAUGACAUCAUGCUAGGUGUCAACCAGGGUGAGGGUCUCAAAUUUGUGGAAGGGGUGGUAGACCCUGAGGAUGGUGUCUCUGGCACUGACUUUGACUAUUCAGUCUCCAAUUUUGUGGACAAUCUAUAUGGCUAUCCUGAGGGUAAGGACACCCUGAGAGAAACUAUCAAGUUCAUGUAUACAGACUGGGCAGAUCGUGACAACCCUGAGACCCGCCGUAAAACACUGGUGGCACUCUUCACUGACCACCAGUGGGUGGAGCCCUCAGUGGUGACAGCUGAUCUGCAUGCCCGUUAUGGCUCACCUACCUACUUCUACGCCUUCUACCAUCACUGCCAGAGCCUCAUGAAGCCUGCUUGGUCAGAUGCAGCUCAUGGAGAUGAAGUACCCUAUGUUUUUGGAGUCCCUAUGGUAGGUCCCACUGACCUCUUUCCCUGCAACUUCUCCAAGAAUGAUAUUAUGCUCAGUGCUGUCGUUAUGACCUACUGGACCAACUUUGCCAAGACUGGGGAUCCCAACAAGCCGGUCCCACAGGACACCAAGUUCAUUCACACCAAGGCCAACCGCUUUGAGGAAGUGGCCUGGUCAAAAUACAACCCCCGAGACCAGCUCUACCUUCACAUUGGGCUGAAGCCAAGAGUUCGUGACCAUUACCGGGCCACUAAGGUGGCCUUUUGGAAACACCUGGUGCCCCAUCUAUACAACCUGCAUGACAUGUUCCACUAUACGUCCACGACCACCAAAGUACCACCACUGGAUACCACCCACACCUCCCACAUUACCCGCAGACCCAAUGGCAAGACCUGGAGUACCAAGCGGCCAGCCAUCUCACCUGCCUACAGAAAUGAAAAUUCCCAGGGAUCUUGGAAUGGGGACCAAGAUGCAGGACCACUUCUGGUGGAAAACCCUCGUGACUACUCCACUGAAUUAAGUGUUACCAUUGCUGUGGGGGCUUCCCUCCUGUUCCUUAAUGUUCUGGCCUUCGCUGCCCUCUACUACCGUAAGGACAAGCGACGUCAGGAGCCCUUGCAGCAGCCUAGUCCUCAGAGGGGCAGUGGGGCCCCCGAAUUAGGAACUACUCCUGAAGAGGAGUUGGCAGCAUUACAGUUGGGUCCCACACAUCAUGAGUGUGAGGCAGGUCCUCCCCGUGACACACUGCGCCUCACUGCACUGCCUGACUACACCCUGACCCUGCGGCGCUCCCCUGAUGACAUCCCACUCAUGACCCCCAACACCAUCACUAUGAUUCCAAACUCCCUGGUGGGGCUGCAGACAUUGCACCCCUAUAAUACCUUUGCUACAGGGUUCAACAGUACAGGGCUGCCUCACUCACAUUCUACCACCCGAGUAUAGCUCUAGCCAGAGUUGUAGCCUUUCUUUUGGAUCACUCUGCCACAGAUUCACAAACAUGAACACACAGACUAUACACACAGAGACAAAUAUGUAUAAGCACGCAACCACACCCUACAGCAGACCAACCUACACAAAUAAGACAGAUAUGGACAUGCAACUGCAUAAACAAAGACACAAAUACUGAAAUCAACACUGAGCAGAUCCUUCAAAUGGGGACAAAAGAAUCUUGGGCAAACUGAGGACUCAUUAAAAAACUAAAGCCAGCUCCCCGGCCAUAGACAUCCCUGGUGGGCCUGAAAGCAACAGCUGGACAUCUCCUUGGUGCUUGCCUCUGGACUCUAUUGGACCUGCACCACCAACUCACUAUAGACUUGGGAGCUUUAAAGAGCAGAGUAGCUCUUCCUCUCCCAAGCUUGGUCUUUUUCUGGGUCUUGUUUUUGUUGAUUUUUUUUUUUAAUUUAGAACAAAUGUUUCUCCAACCUGUGAGUACAAAGAGGCUCUGGAAGAGAGAGCUCUAAACCAUGUCUCUCUAACUCUGAAACUCCUGGUGUUCAUACAAUUAAACCAAGGAACAGGACCCCAAGGAAGAAAUUGCUUUGAAAGAAACUGAUUUGAGCAAGACCAUAGGGUAGAAGGUCAAUAAGACUAUGAUAGAUGGUGUUGAAGGGCCAUAGGAUAGAGCUCUCCAAACAUCUCUGGGUCCUUUUGGAGGGUUGUAGAGACUACAAGUUGGCCUGCUUCCCCAAAAGGCAAUAGCAUUAACCUGGUUAGACCAGGGUUCCUAGAUUUGAUGAACAAGGUUCUGUGGUGGUCAUGUCAUUCAUUAUUGGGCCCCUGGGCUCUGAUUCUGCCUUUGAAGUAAUGCUAUCAGAAAUUUGCCCCAUUUUCUUUAUAGAGUCUCCUUUGUGUCUUGUCAUUUCUCUUUCAAAAAGGCAAUGUUUUGUUGUUGGUGGUGGUAGUGGUGGCUUUUUUAAAAAGAAAAGUUCUUUAAACACUAACAUGGAAACCCAUGGAGUUUGUCCUUUGUAAAAAUUUUAAACAGUGUCUUAAUAUAAAAAUAAAAAUCCAGUUAGCACUCCCAA